AUGCACCGUCGAGUCGUUCGAGUCGUCUGGGCGUCCGACUUCCGUGCCCGGUGCACGCCGGGCCGGCCGCUGGGGGCCCGCCGCGCGGAGCCCACGGAGCCGCCGCAGCGCGCGGCGCCCAGCGGCGCGGUGCCGCUGCUGCGGUGCGUGGCGCUGGCGGUGCGGGGCUCGGUUCGGUCGGCGCGCCGCCUGGUGGCCAAGAGCCGGGUGUAUGUGGAUGGCGCCCGGGCGCAGGAUGAGCUGGCUAUGGUCCCCAACUCAUCCACGGUGACGAUUCUGAAGAAAAGGGUGCAGGUGGAGGCCCCGCCAAGGUCGGAGUAUUAUUUGAAGAUGCACAAGCCGUGGGGGGUGGUGUGCUCACACGCGCGGGAGGCGCCAGAUGCUCGGAUAGUAUCCGAUUUGUAUCCUUCUGGGGCUGAGGGCUGUCACACCGUGGGCAGGCUAGACCGAAGGAGCACAGGCCUCCUAUUGUUCACAUCAGAUGGCUUCUUCAGUAGAUCAGUGGCAAUGCCCGAGACUCACAUCGAGAAAGAGUACGUCGCGGUGGUUUCCGGCAUCCAUGGCCUACGCCCCGACGAGGCCGUCCAGCAGCAGCUCCUGGAUGGUGUCGACUUGGAGGAUGGCAAGGCGCCAGCGGCCGCCAAAGUCGUGGAGCUCCUUCAGGACGAUGCCACGGGCUUGGCCCAACUUCGGCUGGUUGUGUCUUCUGGACGGUACCACCUGGUGAGGCGGAUGAUGAGAGCGGUCGGCUUCCACUGCGAGCAGCUGCUGCGCACGCGCAUCGGGACCAUUCGCGGGGUGCGCGCGGGCCUGGCUCGAGAGGAAGCGCGGGAGGGAGGCAGAGCCCAACUGGGGGACGGCGCAAAUCUGCAGCCCGGGCAGUAUGCUGCUGUAACAGCGGAAGAGGUUGCCAGCAUCUACCGGCCUUUCCGGUCCCAUGGGAUGCGGCGCUCCAAGUUCUCCACGCUGCGGCGGCGUCGGGAGCUGUCGAAGGUUCUCUGCGCCAUCGCGGGCCGCAGCUGCCAAAAGGACGCCCAAGAGUUCUCCAAGGUUCUGCACACCUUUGGCACCGACACUUCCAACUUGGAGGAGCGGCGCUGUGUGAGCCGUGACGCGGUGCGGGAGCCUUUUGUCUCUCCCUUCAAGCAUAUCGGCUCCAGGGAUGAGGAGUCCCACUGGAUGGAGAAUCGGUCGCCGGUGGUAGGGAGGAAGUUUAGCAACGCAGAGGUCUUGGGGCGGGCGCGGCGGGUGAUCAUCUCGGCCAAGGCCCACCGUGAGAUCGACUGGGACAAGGUUUUCCUGGCCGCUGAUGUGGACAAGUCUGGCGCAUUGGACCUCAAGGAGCUGAAGCAGGUGAUGCGUGUGGCGCUGCGCAUCUCCCCGCAGACGCUGCCAGACUACGACAUCCAGGUGCUGUUCGAGGCCAUCGACCAGGACGGCAGCGGCUCUGUGGAGAUGUCUGAGCUGCUAGAGUACGUGUGCCACGGCUCCAAGCGGCCGGACGAUGAUCAAGAGCUGUUCAGGAAGAAGACCGCUCGGGUGCGGAGGAACUUGAACCUGGCCUUCCGGAAAUACACCGCAUCUCACGCAGCGAUCAAUGAACUGUUUGCCAACAUGGACGCCGGCGGCGACGGCAAGGUCUCCUUGACCGAGUUCAUGUACUUUGCGCGGAUCAACUUGCGGCUCACGCAAUAUGACGUGGGCGACAUGGAGCUGAAGCAGUUUUAUAGAGGCAUGGACCACGACGGGGACGGCGUGGACGCGGAGGAGCUGCUGAACUUCAUCAAGGAGCAGCACGCAGAGCUGUCCAGCCGGAAGGUGUUUUCCUUCGCGGACAAGGACGGCGGUGGGAUAAAGAAGGAGCCAUGGAAGCAGCGCAACCCCUUUGACAGGGGCAACUGCCUGGAGUCCCCAAGCAGCGUUUUCGUGAACCUGGGCCGCAUCAAGCCGCCGCCAAUGCGGUUGGCGGUGGCAAGCAGGUAAACGUCCUUAUUGGGAGUGCGCUUCUUGCGUCGCCCGCGCCUGUCUGUAAGUGCCAGAUUUGCCACUGAUGCAAGCCAACUUGGCAACUUGGAAUUUCCCGAUGCCAAAGGCAUUCUGUGGACCCAAGCGUGCAUC